CAUUUCUCCGUUUCUCGGAAGGUUGGCAAAACUUGCUAUACAUAUACAUUCCACAGUUGUUCUUGAAUAUUCUACAGUGAUUCUAUCGAUUCUAUAAUUCUACAAUUUAUUGUAUAUCAAAUUUAGUGUUUUAUUUAUUUUUAUAAUGUAUCGAUUACUCGCUUCACUGUAUCCACAAAGUAGACAACUGUUCGCCGCUGCAGCUGGCUCGCUGGCAAAAACAAACAAUACAUUAUUGUCAGAAUAUGUUCGUAAUUUCACAGUGAGUUCGAAAUUGAUGAGCAAUUGGCCACAAAUCCAAAAACCUGCGCCGGACUUUUCUGGCACUGCGGUGGUUAAAGGCGAUUUCAAAGAAAUUAAGUUGAGCGAUUAUAAGGGCAAAUAUGUUGUUCUAUUUUUCUAUCCGUUAGAUUUUACAUUUGUUUGUCCAACAGAGAUCAUAGCGUUUAGUGAAAAAGUCUCCGAGUUCGAAGCUCUCAAUACACAAGUGAUUGGAGUUUCGACAGACUCGCACUUCAGUCACUUAGCAUGGAUUAACACACCAAGGAAACAGGGUGGCCUUGGUGGAGACCUGGGCUAUCCUCUUUUGAGCGAUUUUAACAAAGAAAUAUCCACAAAAUACAAUGUUUUAUUGCCAGACAUAGGAGCCGCACUCAGAGGUCUAUUCAUUAUAGACAAGGAGGGAAUUCUUCGGCAGUUUUGUAUUAACGAUCUGCCAGUUGGCAGAAGUGUUGAAGAAACAUUGAGACUGAUCAAAGCUUUUCAAUUUGUUGAGAAACACGGAGAAGUGUGUCCUGCAAAUUGGCAGCCGGAUUCCAAAACCAUCAAACCAAAUCCGAAGGAUAGCCAGGAAUACUUUAAGUCUGUUAACUAAGAUGUUUUUAGCACUUUUUCUCUAAGAAUGGAGGUAUGUACAGUAAUUAGAGUAUAAUGAGUAUAAUAUUAUAUAUAAUAUAUUUUUUUUCUAUAUAUUGUAUAUAAUAUAAUAUAUCUCUCGGGC